AUGAUAAACAGUAGGGAUUUAAACAGAUAUUUAGAUAUGAACAGAAUUUCUGAAAUGAGAUGUGGUAUUGAUAAGGUGGCUGGUGAAUGUAUGAAAAAUAGUGAUUGUUCAAAUAUAGAAGUUAAAAGAAAAGCUGAAUAUGAAAGAAAAAAUUUAGAAAAUGAUAUUAGUGAACUAAAAAGAAAAAGAAGAGAGCUUUUUCAAGAAAAUUUAGAAAAUCAUGAAAAUCAAAAACUGAUAGAAGAGAAAUUAGAAGAACUUGAAAAUCACCUUCAACAACAUAAUAAUGUUGAAAAUAACAACAUAAUUCAUGAAAAACGUUUUGAAAGGGAGCCUGAACAUGAUGAUUUAGCAACUGGUAUUAUUAUGGCUAAAAAAUAUAUUUUAGAUCAUUUUAAUAGAAAAUAUGGUUUAGAUCCGAAUGAAUUAAAUAUUAGUGAUAAUUUCAAUGUAAGUUACAAAGAACCAGAUGAAUAUUUAGAUUAUCAAAGACCAGGAAGGAUAGUACCUGAAAAUGAGGCUACUCAUAAUGUCAACUAUUUCUUAGACAUAAGGGGUGAGGAUGGUAAAACUGAAGGAAUUAAGAAAUUAUACAAUAAUUAUUAUGAUGGCAUGCCAAAUGAAACUCCUAGGGAAGUAAAUAACCAAGUUGUGGAUUAUUUAAACAAUAACUAUGUGGCUGAUAUUGAUGAUACAAUGAAAAAUAAUCCAUAUUACAAUGAUCAAGAUUUAAGACCAACUACUAAUGAUCUUACUAAAGAAGCCAAACGUCUUGGAAAUAACUAUUUGAGUGGAUAUACUAGAGAAGAAAUAGCCGGUACAUCAAUUCAUAAUUAA